AUGUCCUCAUCCCAGCCUACCAAAGAGCGAACCACGGCCGCGGUUGAAGACCUGAUCGACAGCGUCAGAGCCAACAAAUCCAUUCCGAACACCGAUACAAGCACGGCCGUAAGAGGUUCAGCUGUUGAUACCCUCGCCACUGGCGGACCUGUGGGAGAGAUCGCUAUGAAAAGCAAUUCCGCCGCUAUAGCUCGCCAUAACGAUCAGGAUGCUGAGCCUCCUCGUAUCGACAAUGAUCAUAAGCCCGACAUCACGAAGGAAAUGGCACCGAUCGUUACUGAAACUAUUGGAGUCGCUCCUACGUUUGAUACGGAUAACUUUCCAGCGGAUGAUGAACAGCCACAGGAGGGAAAGCCAAACCGGGCAUGA